AGCACAUUGAUCUGCCUUUUUUACAGCUAGACCUGUGUGCUGCACGGAGCUAAGGCCUUCAGUUUCCCCUUCCUUACCCAGGUUACUCACAAAAUGGAUUCCCAGCGGGAACUCGCAGAGGAACUGCGGCUUUACCAAUCCACCCUUCUUCAGGAUGGUCUAAAAGAUCUCCUGGAUGAGAAAAAAUUCAUCGAUUGCACCCUAAAAGCAGGUGACAAAAGUCUUCCUUGCCACCGACUGAUUUUGUCAGCUUGUAGCCCUUAUUUCCGUGAGUAUUUCUUAUCUGAAAUUGAUGAGGAGAAAAAAAAGGAGGUAGUACUAGAUAAUGUGGACCCUGCCAUACUGGAUUUAAUCAUCAAAUACCUUUAUUCAGCCAGUAUUGAUCUCAAUGAUACAAAUGUGCAAGAUAUUUUUGCCUUGGCUAGCCGCUUUCAGAUCCCCUCAGUGUUCACUGUCUGCGUUUCCUAUCUUCAGAAAAGACUUGCUCCUGGUAACUGUCUAGCUAUCCUGAGAUUAGGUCUUCUUCUUGACUGCCCAAGACUUGCGAUAUCUGCUCGUGAAUUUGUGUCCGACCGAUUUGUCCAGAUUUGCAAGGAAGAGGACUUUAUGCAACUUUCCCCACAGGAACUGAUCUCAGUUAUUUCAAAUGACAGCUUAAAUGUAGAAAAGGAAGAAGCAGUGUUUGAAGCAGUAAUGAAAUGGGUCCGAACAGACAAAGAAAACAGGGUAAAAAAUCUUGGGGAAGUAUUUGAUUGUAUCCGUUUUCGUCUUAUGACAGAAAAAUAUUUCAAAGAUCAUGUUGAGAAGGAUGAUAUAAUUAAAGGUAACUCUGACCUUCAGAAAAAAAUCAAAAUUCUAAAAGAUGCUUUUGCAGGGAAACUGCCUGAGCCUAACAAAAAUGCAGAGAAGACUGGUGCCAGUGAGGUGAAUGGUGAUGUGGGUGAUGAAGAUUUGCUUCCUGGAUACCUGAAUGACAUUCCCAGGCAUGGAAUGUUUGUCAAAGAUCUCAUUCUUUUGAUCAAUGACACAGCUGCAGUGGCUUAUGAUCCCACAGAGAAUGAAUGCUACCUUGCUGCACUGGCUGAGCAGAUUCCCAGAAACCAUUCCAGCAUAGUCACCAAACAAAAUCAAGUGUAUGUUGUAGGAGGAUUGUACGUAGAUGAAGAAAACAAGGAUCAGCCUCUACAAUCAUACUUCUUUCAGUUUGAUAAUGUAGCAAGUGAAUGGAUUGGACUUCCUCCUCUUCCAUCAGCCAGAUGUCUCUUUGGUCUGGGAGAAGCAGAUGACAAAAUCUAUGUAGUUGCUGGCAAAGAUCUUCAAACAGAGGCCUCCCUGGAUUCAGUUUUAUGCUUUGAUCCUGUGGCUAUAAAAUGGAAUGAAGUGAAAAAGCUUCCUAUCAAAGUCUACGGCCAUAAUGUGGUUUCACACAAUGGAAUGAUAUAUUGUCUAGGAGGAAAGACAGAUGACAAAAAAUGUACGAAUAGGGUAUUUAUUUACAACUCCAAAAAAGGAGACUGGAAAGAUUUAGCCCCAAUGAAAACCCCUCGUUCCAUGUUUGGCGUGGCAAUCCAUAAAGGCAAAAUUGUGAUUGCAGGAGGUGUCACAGAAGAUGGCCUUUCAGCUUCAGUCGAAGCUUUUGAUCUUACCACCAAUAAGUGGGAAGUGAUGCCUGAAUUUCCCCAAGAGAGAAGUUCUAUCAGUUUAGUCAGUAUGGCUGGAUCCCUUUAUGCUAUUGGCGGGUUUGCUAUGAUUCAACUUGAGUCCCAGGAAUUUGCACCAACCGAAGUCAAUGAUAUAUGGAAGUACGAAGAUGAUAAGAAAGAAUGGACCGGCAUGUUAAAGGAGAUUCGCUAUGCCUCAGGAGCCAGCUGCCUGGCAACACGCUUCAAUCUUUUCAAACUGUCUAAAUUAUAGACAAAAAAAGUGACAAAAUGUAAUAGGUGGGAGUUUGGAUUAUGGAUUUUUAAUUUGUUGUGUUUUUAAAAGACUGUACAGAAAUUUAUAUAGAAAUCUAUUGUUACUGUGUUACUGUCUGAAACGUGGGCAACUUUUGUAGAUAAUCAAAGUAAAUAUAUUCUUAAUGUAAUAAUCAGUCAUCAUAAAGAAGAUUUCCAAAAGGAGAUGAAAGAUAAAAUUGAAUUUAUACAAUCUUGUUGGUAAUUUGUCUGACCCAAUUGUCUGUAAAGAGAUAUUAAAGUUGAAUUGUCUUUGUCUA